UCACAAUCCGACACCCAGGAACCGGCCCUUAGCAACCGGCCUAGCGACGGUCCCCAGGCGCCACCGCUCUCCUCCCGCACCUGCUUGACGAUCUUCUGCUGCAGGGGCUAGCCCAGCCCGGGGAAGGACCGAAGGGGACCCAGCGUGUCUCCAGGGUGGCUGCAAGAGGAUCUAACCAUGAAUGGCAGCCGAAGAGUCAGAGCACCCUCUGUCCUUCCCAGAUCUGGUCCAUCAUGCGUAUUUAAAGGACACUUGAGCACCAAAAGUAACGCUUUUUGCACUGACUCCUCCUCUCUCAGACUAAGCACUCUCCACACGGUCAAGAAUCACAUGGCUGCUCACUAUAAUAAAAUCCUUUCAGCCAAAGCUGUGGUGGACUGCUCGGUCCCACUCAGCGUGAGCGCCAGCAUCAAAUAUUUGUUUUCCCCAUCAGAUGCAGACCAACGCCGAAGAGAGAAACUCAAAAAAGAAUUAGCACAAUGUGAAAGGGAGUUCAAAUUAACUAAAGCUACAGGGCAGACCAAUUCUAAAAAUUCCAAGGCAUUAUUCAACACUCUACAAAAGUUCGCAGGAGAACCACCAAACGAAGACGACACGUUAAUCCUAAAAGUGAAUGGAUAUUCGACCUUUACGAAGUCACCAGUCACUUCAGAGAGGCUGCACCUCCGUGCACCCAAAUCCAGCGAAGCCCUCACAAGCGGCGCCGAGAAGAGCCCGGGCCCCCUCCCGCCCAGCGAGGACCGCCUGUCCUCUGCGCCCAGGAGAGCGUGCUCUGGAGCCGCGGCCGGUGGGGGGCCCAGGAGCACGCUCCCCAGUGCCAACCGGUUUCAGCUGGGCUUCUCCAAAGCACCCAGUGGGGACCUUUUGGAUAAACAUUCCAGGCUCUUCUCGAACAGACAUUUGCCAUUCACCCCACGCACUUUGAAAACAGAAGCGAAGUCUUUCCUGUCGCAGUAUCGGUACUACACACCUGCCAAAAGGAAAAAGGGGUUCUCAGACCAGCGGGUGGACGCUGAGACCCAGACCGAGUGCAGCAGCUUUAAAUCCGAGUUUGAGACCGUUGAGGCUAAGGACUUCCCAGACUCAGAAGUGAACUUAAAGCAGGCACCGCACUAUAUGACAUGUAGAACCCAAGAAAACCUAACUCCUUCCCCUUCACAAGGGAGCGGCCUGCCAGGGGACGAGAUGGACGACAGCACUCUUCAGUGCUCCCCCCUAAGGGCGGUGUGUCAGUGUUCCCUGCAGCAUCCUUCACGGAGAAAAGGCUACUCUGAUGAAGAAGAACUGUUGUACCUGAGUUUCAUUGAAGAUGUAACAGAUGAGAUUUUGAACCUUGGCUUAUUUUCCAACAGGUCCUUAGAACGACUGUUUGAACGACAUGUAAGACAAAAUAAACACCGUUUGGAGGAGGGGAAAAUGCGCCACCUGCUGCACAUCCUAAAGGUGAACUUAGGCUGCGCACCCCAGGACAGCUCGGGAAAGCUAGACGACUUCGAUACCAUCGAGGCGUUGGAUUUACUGGACUUGGAAAAGGCUGCGCGCUCAGAACAGGACGAACACGAGGGGUCGGUUCGGCAGGAGCGCCGGGAGUACCGGAAAGCUCUGGACCUGCUGCUGUCCUCGCCGCGGGACGAGAACGAGGUCCUCUCGUCCAACGAGUUCUACCUGCCCGUCUACAAAUCCAAGUCCUCGGAGGGCGUUAUCAUUCAGCAGCUGGGCGAUGAGACGAGUCUGGGGCCUUCAGUGUGGGAUGAGAAGAAUCCAAGUAUUUCAGACAACUUGACCGACCAGGAAACCCUGGUGACUGUCAUUGAGGGUGACAGUGACACUGAAAAGGCUGAGCCUCCAAGUGAACUGUGUUGCCUGAGCACGGCACUCACCCCGUCCGACCAGCUCUGCAGCGUCAGCAGCGACAGUGAGGAGGACGUGGGGGAGCCAGCUCUGAAAAUCAUGGAAGUGGGCAUUGAGGACUGCCCUUCGGAUGUUUGAUCUUCUUUAAUAAAUAUCCCAAAUGGCCAGUAA